AUGCAGGAGAUAACAAGUGCAAGCAAGCACAAUGCAAGCACCUCGCGUGCAAGCGGGCACCUCGCGUGCAAGCGCGCACCUCGCGUGCAAGCGCGCACCUCGCGUGCAAGCGCGCACCUCGCGUGCAAGCGCGCACCUCGCGUGCAAGCGCGCACCUCGCGUGCAAGCGCGCACCUCGCGUGCAAGCGCGCACCUCGCGUGCAAGCGAGCACCUCGCGUGCAAGCGAGCACCUCGCGUGCAAGCGAGCACCUCGUGUGCAAGCGAGCACCUCGCGUGCAAGCGCAGCACCUCGCGUGCAAGCGCAGCACCUCGCGUGCACGCGCGCACCUCGCGUGCAAGCGCGCACCUCGCGUGCAAGCGCGCACCUCGCGUGCAAGCGCGCACCUCGCGUGCAAGCGCGCACCUCGCGUGCAGGCGCGCACCUCGCGUGCAAGCGAGCACCUCGCGUGCACGAGAGCACCUCGCGUGCAAGCGAGCACCUCGCGUGCAAGCGAGCACCUCGCGUGCAAGCGCGCACCUCGCGUGCAAGCGCGCACCUCGCGUGCAAGCGUGCACCUCGCGUGCAAGCGCGCACCUCGCGUGCAAGCGCGCACCUCGCGUGCAAGCGCGCACCUCGCGUGCAAGCGAGCACCUCGCGUGCAAGCGCAGCACCUCGCGUGCAAGCGCAGCACCUCGCGUGCAAGCGAGCACCUCGCGUGCAAGCGCGCACCUCGCGUGCAAGCGCGCACCUCGCGUGCAAGCGCGCACCUCGCGUGCAAGCGCGCACCUCGCGUGCAAGCGAGCACCUCGCGUGCAAGCGAGCACCUCGCGUGCAAGCGAGCACCUCGCGUGCAAGCGAGCACCUCGCGUGCAAGCGCGCACCUCGCGUGCAAGCGCGCACCUCGCGUGCAAGCGCGCACCUCGCGUGCAAGCGAGCACCUCGCGUGCAAGCGAGCACCUCGCGUGCAAGCGCGCACCUCGCGUGCAAGCGCGCACCUCGCGUGCAAGCGCGCACCUCGCGUGCAAGCGCGCACCUCGCGUGCAAGCGAGCACCUCGCGUGCAAGCGCAGCACCUCGCGUGCAAGCGCAGCACCUCGCGUGCAAGCGAGCACCUCGCGUGCAAGCGCGCACCUCGCGUGCAAGCGCGCACCUCGCGUGCAAGCGAGCACCUCGCGUGCAAGCGCGCACCUCGCGUGCAAGCGAGCACCUCGCGUGCAAGCGAGCACCUCGCGUGCAAGAGAGCACCUCGCGUGCAAGCGAGCACCUCGCGUGCAAGCGAGCACCUCGCGUGCAAGCGAGCACCUCGCGUGCAAGCGGGCACCUCGCGUGCAAGCGCGCACCUCGCGUGCAAGCAAAGCACCUCGCGUGCAAGCGCGCACCUCGCGUGCAAGCGCGCACCUCGCGUGCAAGCAAAGCACCUUGCGUGCAAGCGCGCACCUCGCGUGCAAGCGCGCACCUCGCGUGCAAGCAAAGCACCUCGCGUGCAAGCGCGCACCUCGCGUGCAAGCGUGCACCUCGCGUGCAAGCAAAGCACCUCGUGUGCAAGCAAAGCACCUCGCGUGCAAGCGAGCACCUCGCGUGCAAGCGCGCACCUCGCGUGCAAGCGCGCACCUCGCGUGCAAGCGCGCACCUCGCGUGCAAGCGCGCACCUCGCACCUCGCGUGCAAGCGCGCACCUCGCGUGCAAGCGAGCACCUCGCGUGCAAGCGAGCACCUCGCGUGCAAGCGAGCACCUCGCGUGCAAGCGAGCACCUCGCGUGCAAGCGCGCACCUCGCGUGCAAGCGCGCACCUCGCGUGCAAGCGCGCACCUCGCGUGCAAGCGGGCACCUCGCGUGCAAGCGCGCACCUCGCGUGCAAGCGCGCACCUCGCGUGCAAGCGCGCACCUCGCGUGCAAGCGCGCACCUCGCGUGCAAGCGCGCACCUCGCGUGCAAGCGCGCACCUCGCGUGCAAGCGCGCACCUCGCGUGCAAGCGCGCACCUCGCGUGCAAGCGAGCACCUCGCGUGCAAGCGAGCACCUCGCGUGCAAGCGAGCACCUCGUGUGCAAGCGAGCACCUCGCGUGCAAGCGCAGCACCUCGCGUGCAAGCGCAGCACCUCGCGUGCACGCGCGCACCUCGCGUGCAAGCGCGCACCUCGCGUGCAAGCGCGCACCUCGCGUGCAAGCGCGCACCUCGCGUGCAAGCGCGCACCUCGCGUGCAGGCGCGCACCUCGCGUGCAAGCGAGCACCUCGCGUGCACGCGAGCACCUCGCGUGCAAGCGAGCACCUCGCGUGCAAGCGAGCACCUCGCGUGCAAGCGCGCACCUCGCGUGCAAGCGCGCACCUCGCGUGCAAGUGCGCACCUCGCGUGCAAGCGCGCACCUCGCGUGCAAGCGCGCACCUCGCGUGCAAGCGAGCACCUCGCGUGCAAGCGCAGCACCUCGCGUGCAAGCGCAGCACCUCGCGUGCAAGCGAGCACCUCGCGUGCAAGCGCGCACCUCGCGUGCAAGCGAGCACCUCGCGUGCAAGCGAGCACCUCGCGUGCAAGCGAGCACCUCGCGUGCAAGCGAGCACCUCGCGUGCAAGCGCGCACCUCGCGUGCAAGCGCGCACCUCGCGUGCAAGCGCGCACCUCGCGUGCAAGCGAGCACCUCGCGUGCAAGCGAGCACCUCGCGUGCAAGCGAGCACCUCGCGUGCAAGCGAGCACCUCGCGUGCAAGCGCAGCACCUCGCGUGCAAGCGAGCACCUCGCGUGCAAGCGCGCACCUCGCGUGCAAGCGGGCACCUCGCGUGCAAGCGCGCACCUCGCGUGCAAGCGCGCACCUCGCGUGCAAGCGCGCACCUCGCGUGCAAGCGCGCACCUCGCGUGCAAGCGCGCACCUCGCGUGCAAGCGCGCACCUCGCGUGCAAGCGAGCACCUCGCGUGCAAGCGAGCACCUCGCGUGCAAGCGAGCACCUCGCGUGCAAGCGAGCACCUCGCGUGCAAGCGCGCACCUCGCGUGCAAGCGCGCACCUCGCGUGCAAGCGCGCACCUCGCGUGCAAGCGAGCACCUCGCGUGCAAGCGAGCACCUCGCGUGCAAGCGAGCACCUCGCGUGCAAGCGAGCACCUCGCGUGCAAGCGAGCACCUCGCGUGCACGCGAGCACCUCGCGUGCAAGCGAGCACCUCGCGUGCAAGCGAGCACCUCGCGUGCAAGCGCGCACCUCGCGUGCAAGCGCGCACCUCGCGUGCAAGCGCGCACCUCGCGUGCAAGCGAGCACCUCGUGUGCAAGCGCGCACCUCGCGUGCAAGCGCGCACCUCGCGUGCAAGCGCGCACCUCGCGUGCAAGCGCGCACCUCGCGUGCAAGCGCGCACCUCGCGUGCAAGCGCGCACCUCGCGUGCAAGCGCGCACCUCGCGUGCAAGCGCGCACCUCGCGUGCAGGCGCGCACCUCGCGUGCAAGCGAGCACCUCGCGUGCACGCGAGCACCUCGCGUGCAAGCGAGCACCUCGCGUGCAAGCGAGCACCUCGCGUGCAAGCGCGCACCUCGCGUGCAAGCGUGCACCUCGCGUGCAAGCGCGCACCUCGCGUGCAAGCGCGCACCUCGCGUGCAAGCGCGCACCUCGCGUGCAAGCGAGCACCUCGCGUGCAAGCGCAGCACCUCGCGUGCAAGCGCAGCACCUCGCGUGCAAGCGAGCACCUCGCGUGCAAGCGCGCACCUCGCGUGCAAGCGGGCACCUCGCGUGCAAGCGCGCACCUCGCGUGCAAGCGCGCACCUCGCGUGCAAGCGCGCACCUCGCGUGCAAGCGCGCACCUCGCGUGCAAGCGCGCACCUCGCGUGCAAGCACGCACCUCGCGUGCAAGCGAGCACCUCGCGUGCAAGCGAGCACCUCGCGUGCAAGCGAGCACCUCGCGUGCAAGCGCGCACCUCGCGUGCAAGCGCGCACCUCGCGUGCAAGCGCGCACCUCGCGUGCAAGCGAGCACCUCGCGUGCAAGCGAGCACCUCGCGUGCAAGCGAGCACCUCGCGUGCACGCGAGCACCUCGCGUGCAAGCGAGCACCUCGCGUGCAAGCGAGCACCUCGCGUGCAAGCGCGCACCUCGCGUGCAAGCGCGCACCUCGCGUGCAAGCGCGCACCUCGCGUGCAAGCGCGCACCUCGCGUGCAAGCGCGCACCUCUCGUGCAAGCGCGCACCUCGCGUGCAAGCGAGCACCUCGCGUGCAAGCGCAGCACCUCGCGUGCAAGCGCAGCACCUCGCGUGCAAGCGAGCACCUCGCGUGCAAGCGCGCACCUCGCGUGCAAGCGCGCACCUCGCGUGCAAGCGCGCACCUCGCGUGCAAGCGCGCACCUCGCGUGCAAGCGAGCACCUCGCGUGCAAGCGAGCACCUCGCGUGCAAGCGAGCACCUCGCGUGCAAGCGAGCACCUCGCGUGCAAGCGCGCACCUCGCGUGCAAGCGCGCACCUCGCGUGCAAGCGCGCACCUCGCGUGCAAGCGAGCACCUCGCGUGCAAGCGAGCACCUCGCGUGCAAGCGAGCACCUCGCGUGCAAGCGAGCACCUCGCGUGCAAGCGAGCACCUCGCGUGCAAGCGCGCACCUCGCGUGCAAGCGCGCACCUCGCGUGCAAGCGCGCACCUCGCGUGCAAGCGAGCGCCUCGCGUGCAAGCGAGCGCCUCGCGUGCAAGCGAGCACCUCGCGUGCAAGCGAGCACCUCGCGUGCAAGCGAGCACCUCGCGUGCAAGCGAGCACCUCGCGUGCAAGCGAGCACCUCGCGUGCAAGCGAGCACCUCGCGUGCAAGCGAGCACCUCGCGUGCAAGCAAAGCACCUCGCGUGCAAGCGCGCACCUCGCGUGCAAGCGCGCACCUCGCGUGCAAGCAAAGCACCUCGCGUGCAAGCGCGCACCUCGCGUGCAAGCGUGCACCUCGCGGGCAAGCAAAGCACCUCGUGUGCAAGCAAAGCACCUCGCGUGCAAGCGAGCACCUCGCGUGCAAGCGCGCACCUCGCGUGCAAGUGCGCACCUCGCGUGCAAGCGCGCACCUCGCGUGCAAGCGCGCACCUCGCGUGCAAGCGAGCACCUCGCGUGCAAGCGCGCACCUCGCACCUCGCGUGCAAGCGCGCACCUCGCGUGCAAGCGAGCACCUCGCGUGCAAGCGAGCACCUCGCGUGCAAGCGAGCACCUCGCGUGCAAGCGAGCACCUCGCGUGCAAGCGCGCACCUCGCGUGCAAGCGCGCACCUCGCGUGCAAGCGCGCACCUCGCGUGCAAGCGGGCACCUCGCGUGCAAGCGCGCACCUCGCGUGCAAGCGCGCACCUCGCGUGCAAGCGCGCACCUCGCGUGCAAGCGCGCACCUCGCGUGCAAGCGCGCACCUCGCGUGCAAGCGCGCACCUCGCGUGCAAGCGCGCACCUCGCGUGCAAGCGCGCACCUCGCGUGCAAGCGCGCACCUCGCGUGCAAGCGCGCACCUCGCGUGCAAGCGCGCACCUCGCGUGCAAGCGAGCACCUCGCGUGCAAGCGAGCACCUGGCGUGCAAGCGCAGCACCUCGCGUGCAAGCGCAGCACCUCGCGUGCAAGCGCGCACCUCGCGUGCAAGCGCGCACCUCGCGUGCAAGCAAAGCACCUCGCGUGCAAGCAAAGCACCUCGCGUGCAAGCGCGCACCUCGCGUGCAAGCGCGCACCUCGCGUGCAAGCGCGCACCUCGCGUGCAAGCGAGCACCUCGCGUGCAAGCGAGCACCUCGCGUGCAAGCGCGCACCUCGCGUGCAAGCGCGCACCUCGCGUGCAAGCGCGCACCUCGCGUGCAAGCGCGCACCUCGCGUGCAAGCGGGCACCUCGCGUGCAAGCGGGCACCUCGCGUGCAAGCGCGCACCUCGCGUGCAAGCGAGCACCUCGCGUGCAAGCGCGCACCUCGCGUGCAAGCGCGCACCUCGCGUGCAAGCGCGCACCUCGCGUGCAAGCGAGCACCUCGCGUGCAAGCGAGCACCUCGCGUGCAAGCGAGCACCUCGCGUGCAAGCGAGCACCUCGCGUGCAAGCGAGCACCUCGCGUGCAAGCGCAGCACCUCGCGUGCAAGCGCAGCACCUCGCGUGCACGCGCGCACCUCGCGUGCAAGCGCGCACCUCGCGUGCAAGCGAGCACCUCGCGUGCAAGCGCGCACCUCGCGUGCAAGCGCGCACCUCGCGUGCAAGCGAGCACCUCGCGUGCAAGCGCGCACCUCGCGUGCAAGCGAGCACCUCGCGUGCAAGCGAGCACCUCGCGUGCAAGCGAGCACCUCGCGUGCAAGCGAGCACCUCGCGUGCAAGCGAGCACCUCGCGUGCAAGCGAGCACCUCGCGUGCAAGCGAGCACCUCGCGUGCAAGCGAGCACCUCGCGUGCAAGCGCGCACCUCGCGUGCAAGCGCGCACCUCGCGUGCAAGCGCGCACCUCGCGUGCAAGCGCGCACCUCGCGUGCAAGCAAAGCACCUCGCGCAAGCGCGCACCUCGCGUGCAAGCGUGCACCUCGCGUGCAAGCAAAGCACCUCGCGUGCAAGCAAAGCACCUCGCGUGCAAGCGAGCACCUCGCGUGCAAGCGCGCACCUCGCGUGCAAGCGCGCACCUCGCGUGCAAGCAAAGCACCUCACGUGCAAGCGCGCACCUCGCGUGCAAGCGUGCACCUCGCGUGCAAGCAAAGCACCUCGUGUGCAAGCAAAGCACCUCGCGUGCAAGCGAGCACCUCGCGUGCAAGCGCGCACCUCGCGUGCAAGCGCGCACCUCGCGUGCAAGCGCGCACCUCGCGUGCAAGCGCGCACCUCGCACCUCGCGUGCAAGCGCGCACCUCGCGUGCAAGCGAGCACCUCGCGUGCAAGCGAGCACCUCGCGUGCAAGCGAGCACCUCGCGUGCAAGCGAGCACCUCGCGUGCAAGCGCGCACCUCGCGUGCAAGCGCGCACCUCGCGUGCAAGCGCGCACCUCGCGUGCAAGCGGGCACCUCGCGUGCAAGCGCGCACCUCGCGUGCAAGCGCGCACCUCGCGUGCAAGCGCGCACCUCGCGUGCAAGCGCGCACCUCGCGUGCAAGCGCGCACCUCGCGUGCAAGCGCGCACCUCGCGUGCAAGCGCGCACCUCGCGUGCAAGCGAGCACCUCGCGUGCAAGCGAGCACCUCGCGUGCAAGCGAGCACCUCGUGUGCAAGCGAGCACCUCGCGUGCAAGCGCAGCACCUCGCGUGCAAGCGCAGCACCUCGCGUGCACGCGCGCACCUCGCGUGCAAGCGAGCACCUCGCGUGCAAGCGCGCACCUCGCGUGCAAGCGCGCACCUCGCGUGCAAGCGCGCACCUCGCAUGCAAGCGCGCACCUCGCGUGCAAGCGCGCACCUCGCGUGCAAGCGAGCACCUCGCGUGCAAGCGAGCACCUCGCGUGCAAGCGAGCACCUCGCGUGCAAGCGAGCACCUCGCGUGCAAGCGGGCACCUCGCGUGCAAGCGCGCACCUCGCGUGCAAGCGCGCACCUCGCGUGCAAGCGCGCACCUCGCGUGCAAGCGCGCACCUCGCGUGCAAGCGAGCACCUCGCGUGCAAGCGAGCACCUCGCGUGCAAGCGAGCACCUCGCGUGCAAGCGAGCACCUCGCGUGCAAGCGAGCACCUCGCGUGCAAGCGCAGCACCUCGCGUGCAAGCGCAGCACCUCGCGUGCACGCGCGCACCUCGCGUGCAAGCGCGCACCUCGCGUGCAAGCGCGCACCUCGCGUGCAAGCGUGCACCUCGCGUGCAAGCGAGCACCUCGCGUGCAAGCGAACACCUCGCGUGCAAGCGAGCACCUCGCGUGCAAGCGAGCACCUCGCGUGCAAGCGAGCACCUCGCGUGCAAGCGCGCACCUCGCGUGCAAGCGCGCACCUCGCGUGCAAGCGAGCACCUCGCGUGCAAGCGAGCACCUCGCGUGCAAGCGAGCACCUCGCGUGCAAGCGAGCACCUCGCGUGCAAGCGAGCACCUCGCGUGCAAGCGCAGCACCUCGCGUGCAAGCGCAGCACCUCGCGUGCACGCGCGCACCUCGCGUGCAAGCGCGCACCUCGCGUGCAAGCGCGCACCUCGCGUGCAAGCGCGCACCUCGCGUGCAAGCGAGCACCUCGCGUGCAAGCGAGCACCUCGCGUGCAAGCGAGCACCUCGCGUGCAAGCGAGCACCUCGCGUGCAAGCGCGCACCUCGCGUGCAAGCGCGCACCUCGCGUGCAAGCGCGCACCUCGCGUGCAAGCGCGCACCUCGCGUGCAAGCGCGCACCUCGCGUGCAAGCGCGCACCUCGCGUGCAAGCGCGCACCUCGCGUGCAAGCGCGCACCUCGCGUGCAAGCGAGCACCUCGCGUGCAAGCGCAGCACCUCGCGUGCAAGCGCAGCACCUCGCGUGCAAGCGAGCACCUCGCGUGCAAGCGCGCACCUCGCGUGCAAGCGCGCACCUCGCGUGCAAGCGCGCACCUCGCGUGCAAGCGAGCACCUCUCGUGCAAGCGAGCACCUCGCGUGCAAGCGAGCACCUCGCGUGCAAGCGAGCACCUCGCGUGCAAGCGCAGCACCUCGCGUGCAAGCGCAGCACCUCGCGUGCACGCGCGCACCUCGCGUGCAAGCGCGCACCUCGCGUGCAAGCGCGCACCUCGCGUGCAAGCGCGCACCUCGCGUGCAAGGGAGCACCUCGCGUGCAAGCGAGCACCUCGCGUGCAAGCGAGCACCUCGCGUGCAAGCGAGCACCUCGCGUGCAAGCGCGCACCUCGCGUGCAAGCGCGCACCUCGCGUGCAAGCGCGCACCUCGCGUGCAAGCGCGCACCUCGCGUGCAAGCGCGCACCUCGCGUGCAAGCGCGCACCUCGCGUGCAAGCGCGCACCUCGCGUGCAAGCGCGCACCUCCCGUGCAAGCGAGCACCUCGCGUGCAAGCGCAGCACCUCGCGUGCAAGCGCAGCACCUCGCGUGCAAGCGAGCACCUCGCGUGCAAGCGCGCACCUCGCGUGCAAGCGCGCACCUCGCGUGCAAGCGCGCACCUCGCGUGCAAGCGCGCACCUCGCGUGCAAGCGAGCACCUCCCGUGCAAGCGCGCACCUCGCGUGCAAGCGAGCACCUCGCGUGCAAGCGCGCACCUCGCGUGCAAGCGCGCACCUCGCGUGCAAGCGCGCACCUCGCGUGCAAGCGCGCACCUCGCGUGCAAGCGCGCACCUCGCGUGCAAGCGAGCACCUCGCGUGCAAGCGAGCACCUCGCGUGCAAGCGAGCACCUCGCGUGCAAGCGAGCACCUCGCGUGCAAGCGAGCACCUCGCGUGCAAGCGUGCACCUCGCGUGCAAGCGAGCACCUCGCGUGCAAGCGAGCACCUCGCGUGCAAGCGCGCACCUCGCGUGCAAGCGCGCACCUCGCGUGCAAGCGCGCACCUCGCGUGCAAGCGAGCACCUCGCGUGCAAGCGAGCACCUCGCGUGCAAGCGCGCACCUCGCUUGCAAGCGCGCACCUCGCGUGCAAGCGAGCACCUCGCGUGCAAGCGCGCACCUCGCGUGCAAGCGAGCACCUCGCGUGCAAGCGAGCACCUCGCGUGCAAGCGAGCACCUCGCGUGCAAGCGAGCACCUCGCGUGCAAGCGAGCACCUCGCGUGCAAGCGAGCACCUCGCGUGCAAGCGGGCACCUCGCGUGCAAGCGCGCACCUCGCGUGCAAGCAAAGCACCUCGCGUGCAAGCAAAGCACCUCGCGUGCAAGCAAAGCACCUCGCGUGCAAGCAAAGCACCUCGCGUGCAAGCGCGCACCUCGCGUGCAAGCGCGCACCUCGCGUGCAAGCGCGCACCUCGCGUGCAAGCAAAGCACCUCGCGCAAGCGCGCACCUCGCGUGCAAGCGUGCACCUCGCGUGCAAGCAAAGCACCUCGUGUGCAAGCAAAGCACCUCGCGUGCAAGCGAGCACCUCGCGUGCAAGCGCGCACCUCGCGUGCAAGCGCGCACCUCGCGUGCAAGCGCGCACCUCGCGUGCAAGCGCGCACCUCGCGUGCAAGCGCGCACCUCGCGUGCAAGCGCGCACCUCGCGUGCAAGCGAACACCUCGCGUGCAAGCGCGCACCUCGCGUGCAAGCGAGCACCUCGCGUGCAAGCGAGCACCUCGCGUGCAAGCGAGCACCUCGCGUGCAAGCGAGCACCUCGCGUGCAAGCGAGCACCUCGCGUGCAAGCGAGCACCUCGCGUGCAAGCGAGCACCUCGCGUGCAAGCGGGCACCUCGCGUGCAAGCGCGAACCUCGCGUGCAAGCAAAGCACCUCGCGUGCAAGCGCGCACCUCGCGUGCAAGCGCGCACCUCGCGUGCAAGCAAAGCACCUCGCGUGCAAGCGCGUACCUCGCGUGCAAGCGCGCACCUCGCGUGCAAGCGCGCACCUCGCGUGCAAGCAAAGCACCUCGCGCAAGCGCGCACCUCGCGUGCAAGCGUGCACCUCGCGUGCAAGCAAAGCACCUCGUGUGCAAGCAAAGCACCUCGCGUGCAAGCGAGCACCUCGCGUGCAAGCGCGCACCUCGCGUGCAAGCGCGCACCUCGCGUGCAAGCGCGCACCUCGCGUGCAAGCGCGCACCUCGCGUGCAAGCGAGCACCUCGCGUGCAAGCGCGCACCUCGCACCUCGCGUGCAAGCGCGCACCUCGCGUGCAAGCGAGCACCUCGCGUGCAAGCGAGCACCUCGCGUCCAAGCGAGCACCUCGCGUGCAAGCGCGCACCUCGCGUGCAAGCGCGCACCUCGCGUGCAAGCGCGCACCUCGCGUGCAAGCGCGCACCUCGCGUGCAAGCGCGCACCUCGCGUGCAAGCGCGCACCUCGCGUGCAAGCGGGCACCUCGCGUGCAAGCGGGCACCUCGCGUGCAAGCGAGCACCUCGCGUGCAAGCGAGCACCUCGCGUGCAAGCGAGCACCUCGCGUGCAAGCGAGCACCUCGCGUGCAAGCGAGCACCUCGCGUGCAAGCGAGCACCUCGCGUGCAAGCGAGCACCUCGCGUGCAAGCGAGCACCUCGCGUGCAAGCGAGCACCUCGCGUGCAAGCGAGCACCUCGCGUGCAAGCGAGCACCUCGCGUGCAAGCGCGCACCUCGCGUGCAAGCGCGCACCUCGCGUGCAAGCGCGCACCUCGCGUGCAAGCGAGCACCUCGCGUGCAAGCGCGCACCUCGCGUGCAAGCGCGCACCUCGCGUGCAAGCGCGCACCUCGCGUGCAAGCGAGCACCUCGCGUGCAAGCGAGCACCUCGCGUGCAAGCGAGCACCUCGCGUGCAAGCGAGCACCACGCGUGCAAGCGAGCACCUCGCGUGCAAGCGAGCACCUCGCGUGCAAGCGAGCACCUCGCGUGCAAGCGAGCACCUCGCGUGCAAGCGCGCACCUCGCGUGCAAGCGCGCACCUCGCGUGCAAGCGCGCACCUCGCGUGCAAGCGCGCACCUCGCGUGCAAGCAAAGCACCUCGCGCAAGCGCGCACCUCGCGUGCAAGCGUGCACCUCGCGUGCAAGCAAAGCACCUCGUGUGCAAGCAAAGCACCUCGCGUGCAAGCGAGCACCUCGCGUGCAAGCGCGCACCUCGCGUGCAAGCGCGCACCUCGCGUGCAAGCGCGCACCUCGCGUGCAAGCGAGCACCUCGCGUGCAAGCGCGCACCUCGCACCUCGCGUGCAAGCGCGCACCUCGCGUGCAAGGGAGCACCUCGCGUGCAAGCGAGCACCUCGCGUGCAAGCGAGCACCUCGCGUGCAAGCGAGCACCUCGCGUGCAAGCGCGCACCUCGCGUGCAAGCGCGCACCUCGCGUGCAAGCGAGCACCUCGCGUGCAAGCGAGCACCUCGCGUGCAAGCGAGCACCUCGCGUGCAAGCGCGCACCUCGCGUGCAAGCGCGCACCUCGCGUGCAAGCGCGCACCUCGCGUGCAAGCGCGCACCUCGCGUGCAAGCGCGCACCUCGCGUGCAAGCGCGCACCUCGCGUGCAAGCGCGCACCUCGCGUGCAAGCGAGCACCUCGCGUGCAAGCGCAGCACCUCGCGUGCAAGCGCAGCACCUCGCGUGCAAGCGAGCACCUCGCGUGCAAGCGCGCACCUCGCGUGCAAGCGCGCACCUCGCGUGCAAGCGCGCACCUCGCGUGCAAGCGCGCACCUCGCGUGCAAGCGAGCACCUCGCGUGCAAGCGAGCACCUCGCGUGCAAGCGAGCACCUCGCGUGCAAGCGCGCACCUCGCGUGCAAGCGCGCACCUCGCGUGCAAGCGCGCACCUCGCGUGCAAGCGCGCACCUCGCGUGCAAGCGCGCACCUCGCGUGCAAGCGAGCACCUCGCGUGCAAGCGAGCACCUCGCGUGCAAGCGAGCACCUCGCGUGCAAGCGAGCACCUCGCGUGCAAGCGAGCACCUCGCGUGCAAGCGUGCACCUCGCGUGCAAGCGAGCACCUCGCGUGCAAGCGAGCACCUCGCGUGCAAGCGCGCACCUCGCGUGCAAGCGCGCACCUCGCGUGCAAGCGCGCACCUCGCGUGCAAGCGAGCACCUCGCGUGCAAGCGAGCACCUCGCGUGCAAGCGCGCACCUCGCUUGCAAGCGCGCACCUCGCGUGCAAGCGAGCACCUCGCGUGCAAGCGCGCACCUCGCGUGCAAGCGAGCACCUCGCGUGCAAGCGAGCACCUCGCGUGCAAGCGAGCACCUCGCGUGCAAGCGAGCACCUCGCGUGCAAGCGAGCACCUCGCGUGCAAGCGGGCACCUCGCGUGCAAGCGCGCACCUCGCGUGCAAGCAAAGCACCUCGCGUGCAAGCGCGCACCUCGCGUGCAAGCGCGCACCUCGCGUGCAAGCGCGCACCUCGCGUGCAAGCGCGCACCUCGCGUGCAAGCGCGCACCUCGCGUGCAAGCGCGCACCUCGCGUGCAAGCGCGCACCUCGCGUGCAAGCAAAGCACCUCGCGCAAGCGCGCACCUCGCGUGCAAGCGUGCACCUCGCCAAAGCACCUCGCGUGCAAGCGAGCACCUCGCGUGCAAGCGCGCACCUCGCGUGCAAGCGCGCACCUCGCGUGCAAGCGCGCACCUCGCGUGCAAGCACGCACCUCGCGUGCAAGCGAGCACCUCGCGUGCAAGCGCGCACCUCGCGUGCAAGCGAGCACCUCGCGUGCAAGCGAGCACCUCGCGUGCAAGCGAGCACCUCGCGUGCAAGCGAGCACCUCGCGUGCAAGCGCGCACCUCGCGUGCAAGCGCGCACCUCGCGUGCAAGCGCGCACCUCGCGUGCAAGCGCGCACCUCGCGUGCAAGCGCGCACCUCGCGUGCAAGCGCGCACCUCGCGUGCAAGCGCGCACCUCGCGUGCAAGCGCGCACCUCGCGUGCAAGCGAGCACCUCGCGUGCAAGCGCGCACCUCGCUUGCAAGCGCGCACCUCGCGUGCAAGCGAGCACCUCGCGUGCAAGCGCGCACCUCGCGUGCAAGCGAGCACCUCGCGUGCAAGCGAGCACCUCGCGUGCAAGCGAGCACCUCGCGUGCAAGCGAGCACCUCGCGUGCAAGCGAGCACCUCGCGUGCAAGCGGGCACCUCGCGUGCAAGCGCGCACCUCGCGUGCAAGCAAAGCACCUCGCGUGCAAGCGCGCACCUCGCGUGCAAGCGCGCACCUCGCGUGCAAGCAAAGCACCUCGCGUGCAAGCGCGCACCUCGCGUGCAAGCGCGCACCUCGCGUGCAAGCGCGCACCUCGCGUGCAAGCAAAGCACCUCGCGCAAGCGCGCACCUCGCGUGCAAGCGUGCACCUCGCGUGCAAGCAAAGCACCUCGUGUGCAAGCAAAGCACCUCGCGUGCAAGCGAGCACCUCGCGUGCAAGCGCGCACCUCGCGUGCAAGCGCGCACCUCGCGUGCAAGCGCGCACCUCGCGUGCAAGCGCGCACCUCGCGUGCAAGCGAGCACCUCGCGUGCAAGCGCGCACCUCGCACCUCGCGUGCAAGCGAGCACCUCGCAUGCAAGCGAGCACCUCGCGUGCAAGCGAGCACCUCGCGUGCAAGCGAGCACCUCGCGUGCAAGCGAGCACCUCGCGUGCAAGCGAGCACCUCGCGUGCAAGCGAGCACCUCGCGUGCAAGCGGGCACCUCGCGUGCAAGCGCGCACCUCGCGUGCAAGCAAAGCACCUCGCGUGCAAGCGCGCACCUCGCGUGCAAGCGCGCACCUCGCGUGCAAGCAAAGCACCUCGCGUGCAAGCAAAGCACCUCGCGUGCAAGCAAAGCACCUCGCGUGCAAGCGCGCACCUCGCGUGCAAGCGCGCACCUCGCGUGCAAGCAAAGCACCUCGCGCAAGCGCGCACCUCGCGUGCAAGCGUGCACCUCGCGUGCAAGCAAAGCACCUCGUGUGCAAGCAAAGCACCUCGCGUGCAAGCGAGCACCUCGCGUGCAAGCGCGCACCUCGCGUGCAAGCGCGCACCUCGCGUGCAAGCGCGCACCUCGCGUGCAAGCACGCACCUCGCGUGCAAGCGAGCACCUCGCGUGCAAGCGCGCACCUCGCGUGCAAGCGAGCACCUCGCGUGCAAGCGAGCACCUCGCGUGCAAGCGAGCACCUCGCGUGCAAGCGAGCACCUCGCGUGCAAGCGCGCACCUCGCGUGCAAGCGCGCACCUCGCGUGCAAGCGCGCACCUCGCGUGCAAGCGCGCACCUCGCGUGCAAGCGCGCACCUCGCGUGCAAGCGCGCACCUCGCGUGCAAGCGCGCACCUCGCGUGCAAGCGCGCACCUCGCGUGCAAGCGAGCACCUCGCGUGCAAGCGCGCACCUCGCUUGCAAGCGCGCACCUCGCGUGCAAGCGAGCACCUCGCGUGCAAGCGCGCACCUCGCGUGCAAGCGAGCACCUCGCGUGCAAGCGAGCACCUCGCGUGCAAGCGAGCACCUCGCGUGCAAGCGAGCACCUCGCGUGCAAGCGAGCACCUCGCGUGCAAGCGGGCACCUCGCGUGCAAGCGCGCACCUCGCGUGCAAGCAAAGCACCUCGCGUGCAAGCGCGCACCUCGCGUGCAAGCGCGCACCUCGCGUGCAAGCAAAGCACCUCGCGUGCAAGCGCGCACCUCGCGUGCAAGCGCGCACCUCGCGUGCAAGCGCGCACCUCGCGUGCAAGCAAAGCACCUCGCGCAAGCGCGCACCUCGCGUGCAAGCGUGCACCUCGCGUGCAAGCAAAGCACCUCGUGUGCAAGCAAAGCACCUCGCGUGCAAGCGAGCACCUCGCGUGCAAGCGCGCACCUCGCGUGCAAGCGCGCACCUCGCGUGCAAGCGCGCACCUCGCGUGCAAGCGCGCACCUCGCGUGCAAGCGCGCACCUCGCGUGCAAGCGCGCACCUCGCACCUCGCGUGCCAGCGCGCACCUCGCGUGCAAGCGCGCACCUCGCGUGCAAGCGCGCACCUCGCGUGCAAGCGAGCACCUCGCGUGCAAGCGAGCACCUCGCGUGCAAGCGAGCACCUCGCGUGCAAGCGCGCACCUCGCGUGCAAGCGCGCACCUCGCGUGCAAGCGCGCACCUCGCGUGCAAGCGCGCACCUCGCGUGCAAGCGCGCACCUCGCGUGCAAGCGAGCACCUCGCGUGCAAGCGAGCACCUCGCAUGCAAGCGAGCACCUCGCGUGCAAGCGAGCACCUCGCGUGCAAGCGAGCACCUCGCGUGCAAGCGUGCACCUCGCGUGCAAGCGAGCACCUCGCGUGCAAGCGAGCACCUCGCGUGCAAGCGCGCACCUCGCGUGCAAGCGCGCACCUCGCGUGCAAGCGCGCACCUCGCGUGCAAGCGAGCACCUCGCGUGCAAGCGAGCACCUCGCGUGCAAGCGCGCACCUCGCUUGCAAGCGCGCACCUCGCGUGCAAGCGAGCACCUCGCGUGCAAGCGCGCACCUCGCGUGCAAGCGAGCACCUCGCGUGCAAGCGAGCACCUCGCGUGCAAGCGAGCACCUCGCGUGCAAGCGAGCACCUCGCGUGCAAGCGAGCACCUCGCGUGCAAGCGGGCACCUCGCGUGCAUGCGCGCACCUCGCGUGCAAGCAAAGCACCUCGCGUGCAAGCGCGCACCUCGCGUGCAAGCGCGCACCUCGCGUGCAAGCAAAGGACCUCGCGUGCAAGCGCGCACCUCGCGUGCAAGCGCGCACCUCGCGUGCAAGCGCGCACCUCGCGUGCAAGCAAAGCACCUCGCGCAAGCGCGCACCUCGCGUGCAAGCGUGCACCUCGCGUGCAAGCAAAGCACCUCGUGUGCAAGCAAAGCACCUCGCGUGCAAGCGAGCACCUCGCGUGCAAGCGCGCACCUCGCGUGCAAGCGCGCACCUCGCGUGCAAGCGCGCACCUCGCGUGCAAGCGCGCACCUCGCGUGCAAGCGAGCACCUCGUGUGCAAGCGAGCACCUCGCGUGCAAGCGAGCACCUCGCGUGCAAGCGAGCACCUCGCGUGCAAGCGAGCACCACGCGUGCAAGCGAGCACCUCGCGUGCAAGCGAGCACCUCGCGUGCAAGCGAGCACCUCGCGUGCAAGCGAGCACCUCGCGUGCAAGCGAGCACCUCGCGUGCAAGCGCGCACCUCGCGUGCAAGCGCGCACCUCGCGUGCAAGCGCGCACCUCGCGUGCAAGCGCGCACCUCGCGUGCAAGCAAAGCACCUCGCGCAAGCGCGCACCUCGCGUGCAAGCGUGCACCUCGCGUGCAAGCAAAGCACCUCGUGUGCAAGCAAAGCACCUCGCGUGCAAGCGAGCACCUCGCGUGCAAGCGCGCACCUCGCGUGCAAGCGCGCACCUCGCGUGCAAGCGCGCACCUCGCGUGCAAGCGAGCACCUCGCGUGCAAGCGCGCACCUCGCACCUCGCGUGCAAGCGCGCACCUCGCGUGCAAGGGAGCACCUCGCGUGCAAGCGAGCACCUCGCGUGCAAGCGAGCACCUCGCGUGCAAGCGAGCACCUCGCGUGCAAGCGCGCACCUCGCGUGCAAGCGCGCACCUCGCGUGCAAGCGAGCACCUCGCGUGCAAGCGAGCACCUCGCGUGCAAGCGAGCACCUCGCGUGCAAGCGCGCACCUCGCGUGCAAGCGCGCACCUCGCGUGCAAGCGCGCACCUCGCGUGCAAGCGCGCACCUCGCGUGCAAGCGCGCACCUCGCGUGCAAGCGCGCACCUCGCGUGCAAGCGCGCACCUCGCGUGCAAGCGAGCACCUCGCGUGCAAGCGCAGCACCUCGCGUGCAAGCGCAGCACCUCGCGUGCAAGCGAGCACCUCGCGUGCAAGCGCGCACCUCGCGUGCAAGCGCGCACCUCGCGUGCAAGCGCGCACCUCGCGUGCAAGCGAGCACCUCGCGUGCAAGCGAGCACCUCGCGUGCAAGCGAGCACCACGCGUGCAAGCGAGCACCUCGCGUGCAAGCGAGCACCUCGCGUGCAAGCGAGCACCUCGCGUGCAAGCGAGCACCUCGCGUGCAAGCGCGCACCUCGCGUGCAAGCGCGCACCUCGCGUGCAAGCGCGCACCUCGCGUGCAAGCACGCACCUCGCGUGCAAGCAAAGCACCUCGCGCAAGCGCGCACCUCGCGUGCAAGCGUGCACCUCGCGUGCAAGCAAAGCACCUCGUGUGCAAGCAAAGCACCUCGCGUGCAAGCGAGCACCUCGCGUGCAAGCGCGCACCUCGCGUGCAAGCGCGCACCUCGCGUGCAAGCGCGCACCUCGCGUGCAAGCGAGCACCUCGCGUGCAAGCGCGCACCUCGCACCUCGCGUGCAAGCGCGCACCUCGCGUGCAAGGGAGCACCUCGCGUGCAAGCGAGCACCUCGCGUGCAAGCGAGCACCUCGCGUGCAAGCGAGCACCUCGCGUGCAAGCGCGCACCUCGCGUGCAAGCGCGCACCUCGCGUGCAAGCGAGCACCUCGCGUGCAAGCGAGCACCUCGCGUGCAAGCGAGCACCUCGCGUGCAAGCGCGCACCUCGCGUGCAAGCGCGCACCUCGCGUGCAAGCGCGCACCUCGCGUGCAAGCGCGCACCUCGCGUGCAAGCGCGCACCUCGCGUGCAAGCGCGCACCUCGCGUGCAAGCGCGCACCUCGCGUGCAAGCGAGCACCUCGCGUGCAAGCGCAGCACCUCGCGUGCAAGCGCAGCACCUCACGUGCAAGCGAGCACCUCGCGUGCAAGCGCGCACCUCGCGUGCAAGCGCGCACCUCGCGUGCAAGCGCGCACCUCGCGUGCAAGCGCGCACCUCGCGUGCAAGCGAGCACCUCGCGUGCAAGCGAGCACCUCGCGUGCAAGCGAGCACCUCGCGUGCAAGCGCGCACCUCGCGUGCAAGCGCACACCUCGCGUGCAAGCGCGCACCUCGCGUGCAAGCGCGCACCUCGCGUGCAAGCGCGCACCUCGCGUGCAAGCGAGCACCUCGCGUGCAAGCGAGCACCUCGCGUGCAAGCGAGCACCUCGCGUGCAAGCGAGCACCUCGCGUGCAAGCGAGCACCUCGCGUGCAAGCGUGCACCUCGCGUGCAAGCGAGCACCUCGCGUGCAAGCGAGCACCUCGCGUGCAAGCGCGCACCUCGCGUGCAAGCGCGCACCUCGCGUGCAAGCGCGCACCUCGCGUGCAAGCGAGCACCUCGCGUGCAAGCGAGCACCUCGCGUGCAAGCGCGCACCUCGCUUGCAAGCGCGCACCUCGCGUGCAAGCGAGCACCUCGCGUGCAAGCGCGCACCUCGCGUGCAAGCGAGCACCUCGCGUGCAAGCGAGCACCUCGCGUGCAAGCGAGCACCUCGCGUGCAAGCGAGCACCUCGCGUGCAAGCGAGCACCUCGCGUGCAAGCGGGCACCUCGCGUGCAAGCGCGCACCUCGCGUGCAAGCAAAGCACCUCGCGUGCAAGCGCGCACCUCGCGUGCAAGCGCGCACCUCGCGUGCAAGCGCGCACCUCGCGUGCAAGCGCGCACCUCGCGUGCAAGCGCGCACCUCGCGUGCAAGCGCGCACCUCGCGUGCAAGCAAAGCACCUCGCGCAAGCGCGCACCUCGCGUGCAAGCGUGCACCUCGCGUGCAAGCAAAGCACCUCGUGUGCAAGCAAAGCACCUCGCGUGCAAGCGAGCACCUCGCGUGCAAGCGCGCACCUCGCGUGCAAGCGCGCACCUCGCGUGCAAGCGCGCACCUCGCGUGCAAGCGCGCACCUCGCGUGCAAGCAAGCACCUCGCGUGCAAGCGCGCACCUCGCACCUCGCGUGCAAGCGCGCACCUCGCGUGCAAGCGAGCACCUCGCGUGCAAGCGAGCACCUCGCGUGCAAGCGAGCACCUCGCGUGCAAGCGAGCACCUCGCGUGCAAGCGAGCACCUCGCGUGCAAGCGCGCACCUCGCGUGCAAGCGCGCACCUCGCGUGCAAGCGCGCACCUCGCGUGCAAGCGAGCACCUCGCGUGCAAGCGAGCACCUCGCGUGCAAGCGCGCACCUCGCUUGCAAGCGCGCACCUCGCGUGCAAGCGAGCACCUCGCGUGCAAGCGCGCACCUCGCGUGCAAGCGAGCACCUCGCGUGCAAGCGAGCACCUCGCGUGCAAGCGAGCACCUCGCGUGCAAGCGAGCACCUCGCGUGCAAGCGAGCACCUCGCGUGCAAGCGGGCACCUCGCGUGCAAGCGCGCACCUCGCGUGCAAGCAAAGCACCUCGCGUGCAAGCGCGCACCUCGCGUGCAAGCGCGCACCUCGCGUGCAAGCGCGCACCUCGCGUGCAAGCAAAGCACCUCGCGUGCAAGCGCGCACCUCGCGUGCAAGCGCGCACCUCGCGUGCAAGCGCGCACCUCGCGUGCAAGCAAAGCACCUCGCGCAAGCGCGCACCUCGCGUGCAAGCGUGCACCUCGCGUGCAAGCAAAGCACCUCGUGUGCAAGCAAAGCACCUCGCGUGCAAGCGAGCACCUCGCGUGCAAGCGCGCACCUCGCGUGCAAGCGCGCACCUCGCGUGCAAGCGCGCACCUCGCGUGCAAGCGCGCACCUCGCGUGCAAGCGAGCACCUCGCGUGCAAGCGCGCACCUCGCACCUCGCGUGCAAGCGCGCACCUCGCGUGCAAGCGAGCACCUCGCGUGCAAGCGAGCACCUCGCGUGCAAGCGAGCACCUCGCGUGCAAGCGAGCACCUCGCGUGCAAGCGAGCACCUCGCGUGCAAGCGAGCACCUCGCGUGCAAGCGGGCACCUCGCGUGCAAGCGCGCACCUCGCGUGCAAGCAAAGCACCUCGCGUGCAAGCGCGCACCUCGCGUGCAAGCGCGCACCUCGCGUGCAAGCAAAGCACCUCGCGUGCAAGCAAAGCACCUCGCGUGCAAGCAAAGCACCUCGCGUGCAAGCGCGCACCUCGCGUGCAAGCGCGCACCUCGCGUGCAAGCAAAGCACCUCGCGCAAGCGCGCACCUCGCGUGCAAGCGUGCACCUCGCGUGCAAGCAAAGCACCUCGUGUGCAAGCAAAGCACCUCGCGUGCAAGCGAGCACCUCGCGUGCAAGCGCGCACCUCGCGUGCAAGCGCGCACCUCGCGUGCAAGCGCGCACCUCGCGUGCAAGCACGCACCUCGCGUGCAAGCGAGCACCUCGCGUGCAAGCGCGCACCUCGCGUGCAAGCGAGCACCUCGCGUGCAAGCGAGCACCUCGCGUGCAAGCGAGCACCUCGCGUGCAAGCGAGCACCUCGCGUGCAAGCGCGCACCUCGCGUGCAAGCGCGCACCUCGCGUGCAAGCGCGCACCUCGCGUGCAAGCGCGCACCUCGCGUGCAAGCGCGCACCUCGCGUGCAAGCGCGCACCUCGCGUGCAAGCGCGCACCUCGCGUGCAAGCGCGCACCUCGCGUGCAAGCGAGCACCUCGCGUGCAAGCGCGCACCUCGCUUGCAAGCGCGCACCUCGCGUGCAAGCGAGCACCUCGCGUGCAAGCGCGCACCUCGCGUGCAAGCGAGCACCUCGCGUGCAAGCGAGCACCUCGCGUGCAAGCGAGCACCUCGCGUGCAAGCGAGCACCUCGCGUGCAAGCGAGCACCUCGCGUGCAAGCGGGCACCUCGCGUGCAAGCGCGCACCUCGCGUGCAAGCAAAGCACCUCGCGUGCAAGCGCGCACCUCGCGUGCAAGCGCGCACCUCGCGUGCAAGCAAAGCACCUCGCGUGCAAGCGCGCACCUCGCGUGCAAGCGCGCACCUCGCGUGCAAGCGCGCACCUCGCGUGCAAGCAAAGCACCUCGCGCAAGCGCGCACCUCGCGUGCAAGCGUGCACCUCGCGUGCAAGCAAAGCACCUCGUGUGCAAGCAAAGCACCUCGCGUGCAAGCGAGCACCUCGCGUGCAAGCGCGCACCUCGCGUGCAAGCGCGCACCUCGCGUGCAAGCGCGCACCUCGCGUGCAAGCGCGCACCUCGCGUGCAAGCGAGCACCUCGCGUGCAAGCGCGCACCUCGCACCUCGCGUGCAAGCGAGCACCUCGCAUGCAAGCGAGCACCUCGCGUGCAAGCGAGCACCUCGCGUGCAAGCGAGCACCUCGCGUGCAAGCGAGCACCUCGCGUGCAAGCGAGCACCUCGCGUGCAAGCGAGCACCUCGCGUGCAAGCGGGCACCUCGCGUGCAAGCGCGCACCUCGCGUGCAAGCAAAGCACCUCGCGUGCAAGCGCGCACCUCGCGUGCAAGCGCGCACCUCGCGUGCAAGCAAAGCACCUCGCGUGCAAGCAAAGCACCUCGCGUGCAAGCAAAGCACCUCGCGUGCAAGCGCGCACCUCGCGUGCAAGCGCGCACCUCGCGUGCAAGCAAAGCACCUCGCGCAAGCGCGCACCUCGCGUGCAAGCGUGCACCUCGCGUGCAAGCAAAGCACCUCGUGUGCAAGCAAAGCACCUCGCGUGCAAGCGAGCACCUCGCGUGCAAGCGCGCACCUCGCGUGCAAGCGCGCACCUCGCGUGCAAGCGCGCACCUCGCGUGCAAGCACGCACCUCGCGUGCAAGCGAGCACCUCGCGUGCAAGCGCGCACCUCGCGUGCAAGCGAGCACCUCGCGUGCAAGCGAGCACCUCGCGUGCAAGCGAGCACCUCGCGUGCAAGCGAGCACCUCGCGUGCAAGCGCGCACCUCGCGUGCAAGCGCGCACCUCGCGUGCAAGCGCGCACCUCGCGUGCAAGCGCGCACCUCGCGUGCAAGCGCGCACCUCGCGUGCAAGCGCGCACCUCGCGUGCAAGCGCGCACCUCGCGUGCAAGCGCGCACCUCGCGUGCAAGCGAGCACCUCGCGUGCAAGCGCGCACCUCGCUUGCAAGCGCGCACCUCGCGUGCAAGCGAGCACCUCGCGUGCAAGCGCGCACCUCGCGUGCAAGCGAGCACCUCGCGUGCAAGCGAGCACCUCGCGUGCAAGCGAGCACCUCGCGUGCAAGCGAGCACCUCGCGUGCAAGCGAGCACCUCGCGUGCAAGCGGGCACCUCGCGUGCAAGCGCGCACCUCGCGUGCAAGCAAAGCACCUCGCGUGCAAGCGCGCACCUCGCGUGCAAGCGCGCACCUCGCGUGCAAGCAAAGCACCUCGCGUGCAAGCGCGCACCUCGCGUGCAAGCGCGCACCUCGCGUGCAAGCGCGCACCUCGCGUGCAAGCAAAGCACCUCGCGCAAGCGCGCACCUCGCGUGCAAGCGUGCACCUCGCGUGCAAGCAAAGCACCUCGUGUGCAAGCAAAGCACCUCGCGUGCAAGCGAGCACCUCGCGUGCAAGCGCGCACCUCGCGUGCAAGCGCGCACCUCGCGUGCAAGCGCGCACCUCGCGUGCAAGCGCGCACCUCGCGUGCAAGCGCGCACCUCGCGUGCAAGCGCGCACCUCGCACCUCGCGUGCAAGCGCGCACCUCGCGUGCAAGCGCGCACCUCGCGUGCAAGCGCGCACCUCGCGUGCAAGCGAGCACCUCGCGUGCAAGCGAGCACCUCGCGUGCAAGCGAGCACCUCGCGUGCAAGCGCGCACCUCGCGUGCAAGCGCGCACCUCGCGUGCAAGCGCGCACCUCGCGUGCAAGCGCGCACCUCGCGUGCAAGCGCGCACCUCGCGUGCAAGCGAGCACCUCGCGUGCAAGCGAGCACCUCGCAUGCAAGCGAGCACCUCGCGUGCAAGCGAGCACCUCGCGUGCAAGCGAGCACCUCGCGUGCAAGCGUGCACCUCGCGUGCAAGCGAGCACCUCGCGUGCAAGCGAGCACCUCGCGUGCAAGCGCGCACCUCGCGUGCAAGCGCGCACCUCGCGUGCAAGCGCGCACCUCGCGUGCAAGCGAGCACCUCGCGUGCAAGCGAGCACCUCGCGUGCAAGCGCGCACCUCGCUUGCAAGCGCGCACCUCGCGUGCAAGCGAGCACCUCGCGUGCAAGCGCGCACCUCGCGUGCAAGCGAGCACCUCGCGUGCAAGCGAGCACCUCGCGUGCAAGCGAGCACCUCGCGUGCAAGCGAGCACCUCGCGUGCAAGCGAGCACCUCGCGUGCAAGCGGGCACCUCGCGUGCAUGCGCGCACCUCGCGUGCAAGCAAAGCACCUCGCGUGCAAGCGCGCACCUCGCGUGCAAGCGCGCACCUCGCGUGCAAGCAAAGCACCUCGCGUGCAAGCGCGCACCUCGCGUGCAAGCGCGCACCUCGCGUGCAAGCGCGCACCUCGCGUGCAAGCAAAGCACCUCGCGCAAGCGCGCACCUCGCGUGCAAGCGUGCACCUCGCGUGCAAGCAAAGCACCUCGUGUGCAAGCAAAGCACCUCGCGUGCAAGCGAGCACCUCGCGUGCAAGCGCGCACCUCGCGUGCAAGCGCGCACCUCGCGUGCAAGCGCGCACCUCGCGUGCAAGCGCGCACCUCGCGUGCAAGCGAGCACCUCGCGUGCAAGCGCGCACCUCGCACCUCGCGUGCAAGCGCGCACCUCGCGUGCAAGCGAGCACCUCGCGUGCAAGCGAGCACCUCGCGUGCAAGCGAGCACCUCGCGUGCAAGCGAGCACCUCGCGUGCAAGCGCGCACCUCGCGUGCAAGCGCGCACCUCGCGUGCAAGCGAGCACCUCGCGUGCAAGCGAGCACCUCGCGUGCAAGCGCGCACCUCGCGUGCAAGCGCGCACCUCGCGUGCAAGCGAGCACCUCGCGUGCAAGCGCAGCACCUCGCGUGUAAGCGCAGCACCUCGCGUGCAAGCGAGCACCUCGCGUGCAAGCGCGCACCUCGCGUGCAAGCGCGCACCUCGCGUGCAAGCGCGCACCUCGCGUGCAAGCGCGCACCUCGCGUGCAAGCGAGCACCUCGCGUGCAAGCGAGCACCUCGCGUGCAAGCGAGCACCUCGCGUGCAAGCGCGCACCUCGCGUGCAAGCGCGCACCUCGCGUGCAAGCGCGCACCUCGCGUGCAAGCGCGCACCUCGCGUGCAAGCGCGCACCUCGCGUGCAAGCGAGCACCUCGCGUGCAAGCGAGCACCUCGCAUGCAAGCGAGCACCUCGCGUGCAAGCGAGCACCUCGCGUGCAAGCGAGCACCUCGCGUGCAAGCGUGCACCUCGCGUGCAAGCGAGCACCUCGCGUGCAAGCGAGCACCUCGCGUGCAAGCGCGCACCUCGCGUGCAAGCGCGCACCUCGCGUGCAAGCGCGCACCUCGCGUGCAAGCGAGCACCUCGCGUGCAAGCGAGCACCUCGCGUGCAAGCGCGCACCUCGCUUGCAAGCGCGCACCUCGCGUGCAAGCGAGCACCUCGCGUGCAAGCGCGCACCUCGCGUGCAAGCGAGCACCUCGCAUGCAAGCGAGCACCUCGCGUGCAAGCGAGCACCUCGCGUGCAAGCGAGCACCUCGCGUGCAAGCGUGCACCUCGCGUGCAAGCGAGCACCUCGCGUGCAAGCGAGCACCUCGCGUGCAAGCGCGCACCUCGCGUGCAAGCGCGCACCUCGCGUGCAAGCGCACACCUCGCGUGCAAGCGAGCACCUCGCGUGCAAGCGAGCACCUCGCGUGCAAGCGCGCACCUCGCUUGCAAGCGCGCACCUCGCGUGCAAGCGAGCACCUCGCGUGCAAGCGCGCACCUCGCGUGCAAGCGAGCACCUCGCGUGCAAGCGAGCACCUCGCGUGCAAGCGAGCACCUCGCGUGCAAGCGCGCACCUCGCGUGCAAGCGAGCACCUCGCGUGCAAGCGAGCACCUCGCGUGCAAGCGAGCACCUCGCGUGCAAGCGCGCACCUCGCGUGCAAGCGCGCACCUCGCGUGCAAGCGCGCACCUCGCGUGCAAGCGAGCACCUCGCGUGCAAGCGAGCACCUCGCGUGCAAGCGCGCACCUCGCUUGCAAGCGCGCACCUCGCGUGCAAGCGAGCACCUCGCGUGCAAGCGCGCACCUCGCGUGCAAGCGAGCACCUCGCGUGCAAGCGAGCACCUCGCGUGCAAGCGAGCACCUCGCGUGCAAGCGAGCACCUCGCGUGCAAGCGAGCACCUCGCGUGCAAGCGGGCACCUCGCGUGCAAGCGCGCACCUCGCGUGCAAGCAAAGCACCUCGCGUGCAAGCGCGCACCUCGCGUGCAAGCGCGCACCUCGCGUGCAAGCAAAGCACCUCGCGUGCAAGCGCGCACCUCGCGUGCAAGCGCGCACCUCGCGUGCAAGCGCGCACCUCGCGUGCAAGCAAAGCACCUCGCGCAAGCGCGCACCUCGCGUGCAAGCGUGCACCUCGCGUGCAAGCAAAGCACCUCGUGUGCAAGCAAAGCACCUCGCGUGCAAGCGAGCACCUCGCGUGCAAGCGCGCACCUCGCGUGCAAGCGCGCACCUCGCGUGCAAGCGCGCACCUCGCGUGCAAGCGCGCACCUCGCGUGCAAGCGAGCACCUCGCGUGCAAGCGCGCACCUCGCACCUCGCGUGCAAGCGCGCACCUCGCGUGCAAGCGAGCACCUCGCGUGCAAGCGAGCACCUCGCGUGCAAGCGAGCACCUCGCGUGCAAGCGAGCACCUCGCGUGCAAGCGAGCACCUCGCGUGCAAGCGAGCACCUCGCGUGCAAGCGGGCACCUCGCGUGCAAGCGCGCACCUCGCGUGCAAGCAAAGCACCUCGCGUGCAAGCGCGCACCUCGCGUGCAAGCGCGCACCUCGCGUGCAAGCAAAGCACCUCGCGUGCAAGCAAAGCACCUCGCGUGCAAGCAAAGCACCUCGCGUGCAAGCGCGCACCUCGCGUGCAAGCGCGCACCUCGCGUGCAAGCAAAGCACCUCGCGCAAGCGCGCACCUCGCGUGCAAGCGUGCACCUCGCGUGCAAGCAAAGCACCUCGUGUGCAAGCAAAGCACCUCGCGUGCAAGCGAGCACCUCGCGUGCAAGCGCGCACCUCGCGUGCAAGCGCGCACCUCGCGUGCAAGCGCGCACCUCGCGUGCAAGCACGCACCUCGCGUGCAAGCGAGCACCUCGCGUGCAAGCGCGCACCUCGCGUGCAAGCGAGCACCUCGCGUGCAAGCGAGCACCUCGCGUGCAAGCGAGCACCUCGCGUGCAAGCGAGCACCUCGCGUGCAAGCGCGCACCUCGCGUGCAAGCGCGCACCUCGCGUGCAAGCGCGCACCUCGCGUGCAAGCGCGCACCUCGCGUGCAAGCGCGCACCUCGCGUGCAAGCGCGCACCUCGCGUGCAAGCGCGCACCUCGCGUGCAAGCGCGCACCUCGCGUGCAAGCGCGCACCUCGCGUGCAAGCGCGCACCUCGCGUGCAAGCGCGCACCUCGCGUGCAAGCGCGCACCUCGCGUGCAAGCGAGCACCUCGCGUGCAAGCGCGCACCUCGCGUGCAAGCGAGCACCUCGCGUGCAAGCGAGCACCUCGCGUGCAAGCGAGCACCUCGCGUGCAAGCGCGCACCUCGCGUGCAAGCGAGCACCUCGCGUGCAAGCGAGCACCUCGCGUGCAAGCGAGCACCUCGCGUGCAAGCGCGCACCUCGCGUGCAAGCGCGCACCUCGCGUGCAAGCGCGCACCUCGCGUGCAAGCGAGCACCUCGCGUGCAAGCGAGCACCUCGCGUGCAAGCGCGCACCUCGCUUGCAAGCGCGCACCUCGCGUGCAAGCGAGCACCUCGCGUGCAAGCGCGCACCUCGCGUGCAAGCGAGCACCUCGCGUGCAAGCGAGCACCUCGCGUGCAAGCGAGCACCUCGCGUGCAAGCGAGCACCUCGCGUGCAAGCGAGCACCUCGCGUGCAAGCGGGCACCUCGCGUGCAAGCGCGCACCUCGCCAAAGCACCUCGCGUGCAAGCGAGCACCUCGCGUGCAAGCGCGCGCCUCGCGUGCAAGCGCGCACCUCGCGUGCAAGCGCGCACCUCGCAUGCAAGCGAGCACCUCGCGUGCAAGCGCGCACCUCGCGUGCAAGCGAGCACCUCGCGUGCAAGCGAGCACCUCGCGUGCAAGCGAGCACCUCGCGUGCAAGCGAGCACCUCGCGUGCAAGCGCGCACCUCGCGUGCAAGCGCGCACCUCGCGUGCAAGCGCGCACCUCGCGUGCAAGCGCGCACCUCGCGUGCAAGCGCGCACCUCGCGUGCAAGCGCGCACCUCGCGUGCAAGCGCGCACCUCGCGUGCAAGCGCGCACCUCGCGUGCAAGCGCGCACCUCGCGUGCAAGCGCGCACCUCGCGUGCAAGCGCGCACCUCGCGUGCAAGCGCGCACCUCGCGUGCAAGCGCGCACCUCGCGUGCAAGCGAGCACCUCGCGUGCAAGCGCAGCACCUCGCGUGCAAGCGCAGCACCUCGCGUGCAAGCGCGCACCUCGCGUGCAAGCGCGCACCUCGCGUGCAAGCGCGCACCUCGCGUGCAAGCGCGCACCUCGCGUGCAAGCAAAGCACCUCGCGUGCAAGCGCGCACCUCGUGUGCAAGCGCGCACCUCGCGUGCAAGCGCGCACCUCGCGUGCAAGCGAGCACCUCGCGUGCAAGCGCGCACCUCGCGUGCAAGCGCGCACCUCGCGUGCAAGCGCGCACCUCGCGUGCAAGCGCGCACCUCGCGUGCAAGCGGGCACCUCGCGUGCAAGCGGGCACCUCUCGUGCAAGCGCGCACCUCUCGUGCAAGCGCGCACCUCGCGUGCAAGCGCGCACCUCGCGUGCAAGCGCGCACCUCGCGUGCAAGCGCGCACCUCGCGUGCAAGCGCGCACCUCGCGUGCAAGCGCGCACCUCGCGUGCAAGCGCGCACCUCGCGUGCAAGCGAGCACCUCGCGUGCAAGCGAGCACCUCGCGUGCAAGCGAGCACCUCGCGUGCAAGCGAGCACCUCGCGUGCAAGCGAGCACCUCGCGUGCAAGCGAGCACCUCGCGUGCAAGCGAGCACCUCGCGUGCAAGCGAGCACCUCGCGUGCAAGCGAGCACCUCGCGUGCAAGCGAGCACCUCGCGUGCAAGCGAGCACCUCGCGUGCAAGCGAGCACCUCGCGUGCAAGCGAGCACCUCGCGUGCAAGCGAGCACCUCGCGUGCAAGCAAAGCACCUCGCGUGCAAGCAAAGCACCUCGCGUGCAAGCAAAGCACCUCGCGUGCAAGCGCGCACCUCGCGUGCAAGCAAAGCACCUCGCGCAAGCGCGCACCUCGCGUGCAAGCGUGCACCUCGCGUGCAAGCAAAGCACCUCGUGUGCAAGCAAAGCACCUCGCGUGCAAGCGAGCACCUCGCGUGCAAGCGCGCACCUCGCGUGCAAGCGCGCACCUCGCGUGCAAGCGCGCACCUCGCGUGCAAGCGCGCACCUCGCGUGCAAGCGCGCACCUCGCGUGCAAGCGCGCACCUCGCGUGCAAGCGCGCACCUCGCGUGCAAGCGAGCACCUCCCGUGCAAGCGAGCACCUCGUGUGCAAGCGAGCACCUCGCGUGCAAGCGCGCACCUCGCGUGCAAGCGCGCACCUCGCGUGCAAGCGCGCACCUCGCGUGCAAGCGCGCACCUCGCGUGCAAGCGCGCACCUCGCGUGCAAGCGAGCACCUCGCGUGCAAGCGAGCACCUCGCGUGCAAGCGAGCACCUCGCGUGCAAGCGCGCACCUCGCGUGCAAGCGCGCACCUCGCGUGCAAGCGCGCACCUCGCGUGCAAGCGCGCACCUCGCGUGCAAGCGCGCACCUCGCGUGCAAGCGCGCACCUCGCGUGCAAGCGCGCACCUCGCGUGCAAGCGCGCACCUCGCGUGCAAGCGCGCACCUCGCGUGCAAGCGCGCACCUCGCGUGCAAGCGCGCACCUCGCGUGCAAGCGCGCACCUCGCGUGCAAGCGCGCACCUCGCGUGCAAGCGCGCACCUCGCGUGCAAGCGCGCACCUCGCGUGCAAGCGCGCACCUCGCGUGCAAGCGCGCACCUCGCGUGCAAGCGCACACCUCGCGUGCAAGCGAGCACCUCGCGUGCAAGCGAGCACCUCGCGUGCAAGCGCGCACCUCGCGUGCAAGCGCGCACCUCGCGUGCAAGCGCGCACCUCGCGUGCAAGCGCGCACCUCGUGUGCAGGCACAUUGGAUGUGACGUACUUGGAUCAACAGUGCGGCGUGGCAUCCAAGUGCAGUACAGCAGGGCACCCACGGCCACUGCUGCCACCGCCACCGCCCCCACCACCAGCAGCACCACCAUGCUCACGCUCAUGCCCUGCUGCUCGGCCCCUCCCUCCCCUGCACCAUUCCCCCCUGCCUGUGCCUGUGCGCCCACCCCUCCCACCGCGGUGUAUCUGGUGCCGCCUCAUCCGCGAGUCUACCUGCGCCAGGAAGCUUCUGGGGAAGGUGGUCUGAUAGCGCGGGAGGAGCAGCAGCGUGACGACGGCGGCGGUGUGGUCGGUGCGGGAGAGCGAGCGGCGCAGGAUGCACGAGUCGGGCAGGCGCAGCUGCUCCGCUAG